AGAUGUCGGCGCCUAUCAAACCUUGGGAAAGGGUUGGCGUAAAUCAGCAGACUGUCAGCCAGACCCAAAGUAAUGCCAUGUCAAGCAAUCUUCCACUGUGUUGUCAGGAUGGAGGGAGAGGGGGUCCUGGGGUGAGAGUUGAUGCACAAGCUCCACCACCUAUCCCCACACGCCCCUCCCUGCAGGCCACAGCAGGCUCCGCCUACAGACCAGGCUACUCCGGGCUUGGCUACAACAGUUUUGGCUACGGGGGAGGCUAUGGAGGCAUGUAUGGAGGAUAUGGUGGUUACGGAUAUUCGGGGAUAGGCUAUGGUGGAUACAGCAGGCCUGGUAUGGGACCUGAACCACCAAACAGCUUUGUUAGGAUCGCAGAAGAGAGUUCCCGCCCAGCCUUCCAGUCGAUUGAAAACAUAGUUCAGGCAGUGACAUCUGUCAGCAUGAUGUUAGACUCCACCUACCAGGCUGUGUACAAUUCCUUCAGGGCCGUGCUAGGGGUAGCUGAUAACUUCACCAGGAUGAAAACACAUUUUGCCCAGGUGCUCUCAGCACUGGCAUUUGUCCGCACCCUGCGAUACCUCUUCAGGAAACUGCUGGUGUUUCUGCGACUGCGCCCUGCAGGAUAUGCAGAAGACGCCUGGCUGCAGGCGGCUGACGAGGCCAUGGCAUCAGCUACCGUUAACAAAAAGUCCAAGACCAACUGGCCUAUUCUCAUGUUUUUUGGGAUAAUACUAGGUGGUCCUUGGAUGAUCUGGAAACUUGUCUCCUCAAUAACCAGCUCGCCUUCAGAAGGUGCUGCAGAGUGGGCUGUGGGAGAAGAGGAUCAUGUGGUGGCUCAGGCAGAAUUUACCUUCACCGGGGAUGGAAAUGAAGAGCUCUCUUUCAAACAGGGAGACAAAAUCAUUGUUGCCCCAAGAGAACAACAGCCCAGAGUUAAGGGAUGGUUGUUGGCCAGUAUUGAUGGGCAGAAAGUUGGCUAUGUGCCAGCCAAUUACGUAAAGAUCCUGGGAAAGAGGCGGGGCAGAAAAUACCAGAUGCCUGUGACUGGUCCUCAACCAGGUGUUCCUGUUCCAACUGACCAGUCAUUGCUUUCUUCUCAAGCUGUCAACCAUGGCCAGGAAGAUAAGCCUUGUUGUCAUGGUGACACCAAACAUGCACAAGCCCCAUCCAAUCAGAUGGAUGAUUUAGGAACUGGAGAAGUGUUGGACACUGCAUUUGCAAAUUCUUCCAAUCCUGUGGACGACAGCAUCCCGUAUGUCUCGGAGACCUCAGAAUUAGAGGCAGGAGAGUUCUUGGAACGGCAAACAGGGGAGUGAACUUUGUAGUCAGAAGUCUUUUUCUCACCUGGUGUUUAUGAAUUAUCUGUGAUCGAUGCCCUUUAUAUUUUUAAAGAACUAUAACUGACUCAUGAUUUUGGCAUACCAGUUAGCCUUAUAAAAGAAUUAGUGUCCAGAUUUAACUACUUGUCCUAAGUGUAAAGAUUAUGACCUGUUUAACAGUAUGUUACCAGGAGGGCCUCUGAGAAACUUAAUUAUGACAUUAAAUCCACCAAACGCCAUAGAUUUACUACUGUAGACGAUCUCCAUUGAUGGCCAAUGCAAGUCUAGCUGAUGUAUAUAACCUGGGAAUUCAUAUGAAAACGAUGUGAUUUUUGAUAUGGAUUCUAGCUAAACAGAAGCAAAUAUAUAGCCGUAUCAAUUUGAACCCACAGUGAAUGAUGUUGAAGUUCCUAUUUAUGACACUGAGCUCUCUGGUCAGACUUCAGAUUCUGAGUUUUUAGAAGUUGAAUUUGAUCUUUGUCCAGGCAUUUCCAAUCGCACUGGCAAUGCGGACUGGUAAGCUGUAGCUUUAUCCUGUGUUACACUGUAGGUCCACAUUUCAUGUGUAUAUCAGAUUUAAUAUUUACUGUCUUUUCCUUCUGUCUGCUUCACAAUGAAUAUUAUUCUAUUCCUUGGGUGGAUUUACUUCAAAAGUGGGUUCCCGGGAAUUAAUUUUCGUGCAUUUAAUCAAGGCAGUGCUGAAAAAAAAGUUCUUACAACUGUUUAAUUUUUCUAUUUAUUAUAUGGCUGGAAUUACUCAAGCAAGUCAAACAGGUAUUAUGAAGGAUGGCUUUAAUUCUCUUCUGUUUCCUGCGGUGUCGCCUUAUUAUCUGGAUCAGAGAUUAAAACAAUGGG